GGUUACAGGAAAAUGACUGCCAUUACUCUUGUCCUCCUCGCUGUUGUUCUAACAGCGAGGGAAUUUGCCUACGGUCAGCAGUGGCAGGAUAUUUACAUCACAGAAGCAAGAGAAGGAAUGGCAGACUUUAAGAAGAAGCAAAAUGAGAUCCUGGAGGUACUCAAGGGAUAUGGAGACCUUCAGCAGAAACAGAACGACAUACUAGCGAAGCUCUCAGAAAUGCAGAAGAAGCUGGGCUAUGUGGAGAGCAAUCUUGAAGAACUUCAUCGUGACCUGGAACUCGUGAAAGGUGCAGUGAACAGCAACCAGGACUCCUUGCAAAGGAUCCAUCAGGAAACCAAAGGCUGCCUCGGAAGGGAGGACUUGGAACACUUCAAAAACAUAUCAUCAGCAGGACAACAAAAACUGGAGUCUUUCCCUUCACCAGGAAAUAUCUGGAGUCAUCUCUUUGUUGGAGACUGGAGGAAUAGAUGAGUGCUCAGAGGGAAGCCACAACUGCACUAAUUAUGAGAUUUGCACAGACCGUUUAUUCAAAUAUCAAUGUUCCUGUCUGCCCGGAUUUGCAAUGGAUGGUUUGCACUGUGAAGACAUCAACGAGUGCGCCCAAGGAAGGGAGGCCGAGUGCAGCGCCCAGGCGACCUGCAGGAACUCUGUCGGGAGUUACAGCUGCUCCUGCAACCCACCUUUCAAGGGAGAUGGACGAACCUGUGAGUUCUCGUGUGAAAGCCCGGCCAAGGUUGUCGAGGGUCUAGGAUGCGUGAAGCGUGUGAAGGAAAGGAGGACCUUUGAGCAGAUGAAGGCACCUGCCACCAGGCAGGUG